AUGGCCACUUCACCGCCCGCUUCACCUGGGAAUCUUCCCCAGCGACCCAUGAGCGCCAUGGUGCGACCCGCUCCACGCAGCAACAGCCGUAUGAGCAUGAGUAGCAAAGCCGGCGGCGGACCAGGAGGUGGUGGCGGCGGAGGAAGCAGAGCGUCAGACGAGGAUGGCCGCACAGCUGUGCGCGUGGCCGUUCGAGUUCGCCCGCCCCUGAAGCCCACCGACCCGGGCUUCGAGCUCAUUCCCCAACGCUUCCAACGCUCCAUGGUCCAGGUGACAUCGGACACAAACGUCGCCAUCGAUUCCCCCCAGGGCAAGAAACUCUUCGUGUUCGACCGCGUCUUCGGCUCCGACACGAGCCAAGAGGGUGUCUGGGACUACCUGACCGACUGUGUCAAUGCCUUUGUCCAAGGCUACAACGUCUCGCUGUUAGCCUACGGCCAGUCUGGUGCUGGCAAGUCCUACACUAUGGGAACGUCGGGACCUUUGGAGCAGAGCGACCCCGAAGUCAUGGGCGUCAUCCCUCGAGCUGCGACAGCUCUUUUCGACAAGCUCGAGGGCCCAAGAAAACAGGCGAAUCGAGGAUCCAUGUCACAACUCCGAACGCCACAUCGAUAUUCUGCGCAAGGCGCUUCUGGCGGCGCAGACAAGAAUUGGCAAUUAAAGGCCACAUACGUCGAGAUUUACAACGAGCAACUCCGCGAUUUGCUCAUCCCCGAUCACGUCCCGCAACACGAACGAGUCAACGUUACGAUCCGUGAGGACGUCAAGGGAAACAUCCUCCUGACAGGCCUGCGCCAGGUGGACAUCAACUCCGUCGAAGACCUGAUGGCUGCCUUGAACUUUGGCUCCACCUUGCGCCAGACGGACGCAACAGCUAUCAACGCCAGUGAGCGGUUGAAGAAUACCGGCGCUCAAGGUGAGCGUGCCAAGGAAGGCAUCUCCAUCAACGGCGGACUAGCCGCGCUCGGCAAGGUCAUCUCGCAGCUUUCGUCGCGGAACGCCGGAUCGCACGUCUCGUACCGCGAUUCGAGACUGACCCGGUUGCUUCAAGAUUCUCUUGGGGGGAAUGCUGUGACGUACAUGAUUGCCUGCGUCACCCCGGCCGAAUUUCACCUCAGCGAGACGCUAAACACAGUCCAGUACGCGCAGAGGGCCCGAGCCAUCCAGAGCAAACCACGCAUCCAACAGGUGGAGGAGGGCGACAAGCAGGCCAUCAUUGACAGGCUCAAGGCAGAGGUCACCUUCCUGCGCGACCAAAUCCGCAAUGCUGAGCGGGGUGGCGGCGACCGGCGCACACCCGCUACUGAAGGUGGGAGGUCCGAGCGGCAGAAUGAGCGGGAGACGGAACUCCAGAACCAAUUGCUGGACGUCCAAGAGACCUACACUACCUUGAGUCAGCGACACGCGAAGCUUAUCGCUGAGAUGGCCAAGGCUAGGGACGCUGAGCAGGCGGACAAUGAGGAGAAUGACGACGCGCUUGGGGACAGUGCCACGGAACGCCUGAAUCGCUCCAACUCCUUCGCCCAAGCUGUCGAGCAGGUUGUACUCGAGUACGAAAAGACAAUCCAAUCCCUCGAGCAAUCACUGUCUAGUACCCGCGGCACCCUGUCGAGCACGGAGACGAAUUUGUUGGAAAAGGAGACCAAGUGCGCUUACGUCGAGACGAUCAACACCCAGCUCCAGGCCCGGCUCCAGAAGCUGAUGGAUCGAGAGGCCAGCACCGAAAACUAUCUGCACGACCUGGAGGCCAAACUUGACGGCCACACCUCGGGCGAGGAGAAGAACGCAACGAUCAUCACCGAGCUGCGAAAGGAAAUCUCGCGCGUCCGGGAGAAUGAAGCCUCCUGCGAAGACUACAUCUCAACGUUGGAGGAGCGCCUGGCCGAGGCGGACCAAGAUGCGGAGCUGAUGCAACGUGAGAUCGAUCGCCUGGAACAGGUCAUCGAGCGCCAGCGAAGCCUAGGAAAGCUCGAUUCUCUUCUGUAUGAGCUAGAUCACAUCCAGAGCGAUAGCAAGGUGCCCGAGCCUCAGGCAGAAACUGCGAACGGUGUCGGACAUCGUCGCCAGUUCACUGAUCACUCACGGAGCCAAUCCCACGUUAGUCGUGUCAGCCACCAAGACGCCAUCCCCGAGAUCGAAGAGGAGGAGGGCCAGGUUGACGACAACGUUGACGCCAAGACGAUCAGGAAUGCCAAGGACGUCUCCGAAGAGGAAACAUCUCGUGCUGAGCACGACGGCCUCAAAGCGGAGUAUGACGACUACUCACCACCCAGCCCUGCUCAGACCAAGUUUGUGGCGGACAAGCUUGAAAAUGUAACACAAGAGCUCUUUGAUCUUCGCGUGGAACAUGAAAGCACCGUCAACGACUACAGUCUUCUACACUCUCGCUACGAGGAGGCUCUCCGCGCUCUCAGGGAGCUGCAGGAUACUGUCGACGAAUCACGACACCCCCACCGCAAUGUCCGCGACUCAGUUCUGUCGGUUGUGUCACCAACGGAGACCAGACCAUCAUCCUUCACGUCCGAUGCGCGAUCCAACGACCACAAAGAGCACAGGCAGUACGCAUCUUCGCGCUCUCUGUCCUCAGAGCUUUCCUCGGCCAUGGAUUCCCCGACAACAGUCGAUACCUCUGAUCUCGACGCUGAGACGGCCACUCUGAAGCCCCAGUCCGAAUUCCUGCCGGAUACUGAGACAGAGCCGGUGCCGGAAAGGUCCGAUAUCCAGGUCGAGGACCAUGCCGAGACGACGAGCAUCAAGAGCGACAUCGAACCAAAGAUGACUGCUACCGACUCCACACAACAGGAUCUUCUGAAUACAGAACUGGCCCGGCUGAAGUCCUUGUCUGCGGAGAAGGAGGCUGCAGAGAAGGAGUUGGCUGACAAGUACGCGCAACUUGAGCAGAAACAUCAAGAUGCUCUAGACAUGGUCGAGGAGCUCAAGACAGAAGUCGCCCAGGCCAAGGCUGCCGAGGCUACCUCCCCGAGGGCCAGCCAUCCCGUCAUUCGCCGCAAGUCGAGCCAGAACGUCAUGAUCAUCGAUCGCGCCCACCGCUCAUUCGCCUCGCUCCGAAACAUUGCAACAGAAAACUUUGAAUCCCAGCCGGAUGUCAUGCAGAACUUUGAGCUGAACCUCAACUCUGCCAUGCACGAAUUGCAUGCUCGGUCAGAGAGGAUUCAAGAGCUGGAAGCUGGGGUUACCGCGGCAAAGAGGGAGAUGGAGACUAAGAUGACCAUCAUCUCCGGCCUGACGCGAGAGCGGUCCAGUUUGAAGGCCUCGCCCAUGGACAUGUCUGUUGUGUCCACGCUCAAAAAUCAGUUGGAGAGGAACGAAUCGCAGAUGAAGGAGAUGAGGGAGGCGCACAGUGCUAGCGAGAGGGAGCUGCAUGCCGAAAUUGAAGCACUUCGCGCCGCUGUCAAAGACGCUCCUGCGACAUCAGCUCCGACUGUCUCUGAAGCCUCGGAGGCCGAGACAACCCUAGAAGCCGCAGAAGACGACACUGAGAGAGACUCGUCCCAACAGCAACACCUCUCUACGGACAAUGAGCGCAAGCUCAAGAGCCUCCAGCUAGAGCUGAGCAACUGGGAGACGAAGCACAAGACUGCCUUGGAUGCGAUGCAACAGACUGAAGCACAGAUGAAGAAGACGAUUGAAGAUUUGGAGAGCCAAAUCGCGACCAUCAAUUCCAAGGCUACCGCACGAACGGAUGCAGCGAGUGACGACGAAACGCUGGAGGCAGACGAAAAGCACCAAAGCAUGCUCAAGAGUCUUCGUGACGAGGUUGACGAGUACAAGUCGAUCAUCAGCACCAAUGCCAUCAAGGUCGCAGAUCUUGAGACGGCCCAUUCAGCUACCAAGGUCGAGCUGGAAGAGGCCAUCAAGACGCGUGAUCUGCACGAGAGUCAGUCAAACACCCACAAGCAGCUCAUGGAAAACCUCGAGAAGCAGAUUGCCGCGCACGAGCAAGCAUUGAAGACCCACCAAGAUGGCAUGCAGCUUCUCAAGGACAACCAUGCCAGAGAUCUCGAGGAAUUGAAGCAGGUCGAGCAGAAGGGCUACGAGGAGCAGGUGGCUGUGCUUAUGAGCGAGCAAGCGGAGAACAUCCGGGUUCUGGAGUGCGAGCUUGACGACGCCCGUGAGGAUCUCAUGAAGGUUGCCACCCAAGUCGCGUUUGCUCUUGGCCUUGACGUCAGUGUCGAGAAGAUCACAGAACGCAUCGACGAUCUAAUUGCUGAUCAAAAGGCGCUUGUGGAGGAGCAAAAGAAGACGGGAGACUUGGAGCGAAAAGUUUCCGAAUUGACAGCCAUCAACGAAAGCGCCGUGCGCGAUCUGGAGCAAGUCAAGGCAACAUUGUCUGAUCUUCUCACUGCGAAGGGUGAGACUAUGAGCAUCCAGGGCUCUGUUACCGAGCAGAUGUCUGCCCUGCGUAAGAAGAUGACCGACCUUGACUCGAGGAACAACAAGAACUCGCGUCUUGUCGAGGAGCUGGAAGACCAACUUCAGUCCAACUUUGAUCAGGCUCAGAUCACCAACAACCGCCUCUCAGUCUUGCAAACCGAACGUCAAGCCCAGCUUGAGGAAGCCACGGCCGCAAAGACCAGGAUCGAAUCAGAGAUGGACCGUCUCCGCGCCGAAUACCAUGCUCUCCAGAACAAAUACGAUGAGGUUGCCACGGCCUCCGGCCAGCAACCCCAGAGGGCCAAUUCCCUCACGAACAGCAACCUCCGCAAGAGUGCUUCCGUCGCAUCUCUGCCAUCUCCACCUCCAGCAAUCCCUCUCCCUCCUCUGCCCGGUUCCAACGCCCAAACCAGCCCGACAGUGCCCAACACGCCGACUGGUGGACGCCCAGGCAGCAAGGACCACAUGGGAUCUCUCAACCAGAUCCAACAAGAUCAAGAGGCUCGCAUCCAGACGAUCGAGAAGCACCUCGACGCCGAGAAGCAGCUCACCCAGACGCUCGAGGAAGCUCUUACCGACCUCGAGAAGCAGUCGAACAAGGUCAAGGCGGACUGCGAUGCCUGGCGCAAGCGGUGCCAGCAGCUUGAGGGCGAGCUCAAGGAGCUCAAGGACCGUCCCGCUCCUACGCCGCAGCCCGACAACCGGUGGAGCUUGCAGGCGGUUGAGGAGGAGCGCAAGAAGCGACAAGCGGCCGAGGCAGCGCGUGCGCACCUCGAGGACCGCAUGAACGCGAUCAACAAGCAAAAGAAGAAGAAGGGCUCGCUCAACUGCUUCUAG